AUGGAUCCUCCUUUUCCAUCAUUGACAUCAUUCUGGCACAACGCGCCAUACGCGGCUAUAUCUCCGGAACGGCCUGAGUUGAGCGCCUCCGGAAAGACCGUGAUUAUUACCGGUGCAGGAAGUGGGAUUGGCCAAGCGACGGCAUUAGCCUUUGACCGUGCCGGUGCUUCGAAGAUCGUGCUGAUUGGGCGCAAAGAAGAGACGCUCAAAGCUACACAGAAGCAACUCAGUUGCAAUAGCUCUGUUCACCCCGCUAGUGUCACUGACGAAGCAGCUCUGAAGGAAGUCGCGGCUAGUAUAGGCGCGUGGGAUAUUAUGAUUUUGGCAGCGGGCUAUAUCUCGCCUAAGGCUCGUAUGCAGGAAGCAUCUGUGGACGAGUGGUGGCAGAACUUUGAGACCAACGUCAAGGGAACCAUGAUUGCUGCAAAUGUUUUUCUUCCCACUGCCAACACAACACGCUCCGCCAUUGUUGCAUUGAGUGCAGCCGUGUUUUUGCCAACUCAAAUCUUGGUCGGUCUCUCGGGAUAUAUCAGCUCCAAGCUCACCCUUAUCAAGGUGAUGGAAUUCUUGGCUGCCGAGAACCCAAACGUCUUUGCCACAGUACUUCAUCCAGGAAUGGUAGAGACGGAUAUUUUUCGGGUCUCAGGAGCAGAUCCCAGUAAACUUCCCAUGGAUUCAGUUGACCUCCCAGCUGAAUUCACGGUGUGGCUCACGAGUCCCGAGGCCGCAUUUCUGAAUGGACGUUAUGUGGUGGCGAACUGGGAUGUAAACGAACUCAAGGCUCAGGCCGAGCGCAUUCAAUCUGGAUCGCUUCUGACCAGCGUUGUUGAUGGCUGGCCCUUUUCCUCUAAAUGA